GGAAGAUGACAUGGAAGAUGCAAACUACUCCUAUGCACAACCUGAUCUAAGAAUCAUCCUUGUUGGUAAAACUGGAGCUGGGAAAAGUGCAACAGGAAACACAAUUCUUGGUCCUGACAAAUUUAUUUCGGAUAUCUCAUCCUCUUCAAUUACGCAGGAUUGUGAGAGACAGGAAGCGGUUGUUAAUGGGAGGAAAAUUACGGUGGUUGAUACUCCUGGCCUUUUUGACACUAAAAAGAGUAACGAAAAGACUUGCCAAAAAAUACAUGAAUCUGUUAAACACCUCUCUCCAGGGAUCCAUGCUAUUAUUCACGUCAUACAGCUGGGUCAUUUCACCCAAGAAGAAAAGGACGUGGUCAAAGAGAUACAAAAGAUUUUCAAUUUUAAAGCAAAUAAGUACAUGAUCAUCCUGUUCACCCGAAAAGAAGAUUUAAGGAGAAAAACACUGGAUAAGUUCUUAUUAGAUGGUGACAAAGAUCUUCAGAGUCUGAUUCAGACUUGUGGAAACCGAUGCCUCGCUUUCAACAACAGAGCCGAAGGAACAGAAAAUUCUGCUCAGGUUUCUCAAUUGCUUAAAAUGAUUGAUGCCAUGGUGCAUGGAAACUGUGAACAGCCCUGUUAUACUGAAGAAAUGUUAAAGACAGACAAGUCAUCUCUCCAAACAUUUUGUUCUACACGCUAAUUGAUUACACUCAUCCGAGACAGGGGUUUAUUGUAGUUUCUACCAUUUUAAAAUUAGGUUUGGAAGACUUCUUUAAUGUUAAGGUUUUUAUUGGUACAAAAAUCUUAGAACUCCCUCUGCCCCCAUUGUUCAGUGAAUUAACAGUUACACUCUUGGAAAUGUGAGUUUGUGACUCCUCCAACUUGAACUAAAUUUUCAAAAAUGUAAAAUUGCUGCAGGCUUGUGACGAUGGUGCCCGUGGGAGCCAGCUGAGGUCACUCAGUCAGGGUGAACUGCAAACAGAAUGGG